AUGCCACAAGCUAAUGUAGACUUUCAGGGUCUCUCAAUAAUCUCCUGUAAGAAGUGCCGACAGAGGAAAAUUAGAUGCGGCAGACAGUUUCCAAUAUGUCAAAAUUGCAUAAAGAGAAGCUGCGAGUGUUCGUAUCCUCGAACUCUACGAAAAUCUAGCACAAAACUGACAAAAAAGCGCAAAGAUUCCAACGCAAGAUUUUAUGGCUUUAGCUCCGUCAAUAGGUCACUCUUCCAGGUUGGCAUGCCAUUCUGCAACGUUGAUUUUGAACUCGAAGGCGAAAACGCAACGGACGUGAUCAAAAAAUUCACCUCUUCACCUGUGUUCAAAAAAUACAUUGAAAAUCCAGAACUGAUAAAUGCAGCCAUUCAGUCAAUACGGGACAGCUUCUCACGCUCCUUCUUCGAUCAAAUUGUAGAUUUGAAUUUGCUAGAACAAAGUAUCUCUUCUAAACAUAACUUGGAUUAUCAAACAUUACUGCUGUCCUAUGGUGUCAUUAUUAUCUCAGAACGAUUCUCUGACCCCCCUCCUGAUGUCGCGGAAGUUAUAGCUGAAUUGAAUCUUCUACUGGACAAUUGUCCCGACUGCCCGGAGAAAGUCUCAUCGUUAAAUCUACUUUCUGAAUAUUAUCACUACAAUUUUAGGAUAGAAGCCGCUUGGAAAUGUAUCUUUUUUGCAGCUUCAAUUGGAUACUCGCUCGGACUACACAUCGCUCCAUCGAAGACGUGGACUAUGUUAGUGCUACAAGACGCACUUCUAUGUUCUGUCCUUGGGCGCCCUACUUCAAUAAGCUGUAUUAAUGCAAAGAUGAUUGGUCAACUUUGCGAUGGCUGGGGUGAAAUUUCAAUCAUACUAAGAGAGAGCAACGAAUUACUGCUUAAUCUAAAGUCCGAGGGCUGCGUAGAAAAAGCCAUUUUAUUAGAUAUGAAGUGUGAUGACUUUAUAGAAAAAUGCAAGAAGAAAAUGCGCUCCAGCGAACCGAUUCAAAAUUCAGCAUUUCUGUUGGUGGGUUAUUUGAAAAUCUGUAUCAUGGCAGCAAGCCGGAUAAAACUUCUCUUUCCUUUUUUUGCAGAACAUAGGUCGAUAAAAGCCCAACUAGAUGAAAAUUGCAGUUCGUUAGCUGGAUGUCUUUGUGGGCUCUUUCAACUUUUAGUUACGAGCGGUCUGGGUAGUGAACGUAAGAAGUUCCCCUUGCGCCCCCACUUUUUCCCUGCAUAUUGUAGUACUUUUCAGGGAUUUCUACUGCAAUUUCUCUACAGUUCAAAUGAGCUGCUGAGGAACUCCGAUGAAACCUCCAAUAACGAUUGUUCCACCUUUCUUCCCAAAGACCUGGGGCGCGCUAAUUUGGUUUUGCCUUCCUUGUCAGCUACAGCUUCUCUGAUGGAAAAUUACGACCUUAUAGUGGGAAAGGUGACAUUUUGUAGCUUCAUGGCAGACGUAUUUGCCUCUUUUCAAGCUUUACUGAACCAAAAGAGACUUGGAGUUAACAGACCAAAAUCUGUUGACACACCGAGACAAGGACGUCCUUUUACUCCAGCCAUGAGCGGUAUAACAAGUGAGAAUAGCGACAAUUCGUCGCCACUAAUCAUGGGGGAUAUAGCAGAUUGGAUUACGUCAUGUUUCUCUGAUGGGAUCACGCAUUUUUAUCCAUCAGAGCAGCCACCUUAG